AUGGCAGUGGAGGCUUCUCCCGAAGAGGCAUUUGCCUUCGCUACAGCGAUCCCGGGCGAGGAUACCGGAGUUCUUCGUGAUCGGCGGCGGAGACAUUCGUUCCAUGCUUCUAGAAAACUUUCGUGCGACUAUCAGGAUGCAGAUGCGGUUUUCAUUAGGGUCGAACUCUUCUUGGCCGAACUGGAACGUCGAAUGCAAUGGAUCGAGCAAUACCGGAAAUCCCAUAUGGUGCAAGUCGACGCCAGUCUGAAACGCGGCUAUGCUACUUUGGAGGCCGUCAGAGAUCAAUGUUCCCUCGCCUCGGGCGAGCUGAUGGGAAGUGGCAAGAAGCGGGCCAAGAUUCUGGUCGAAACCCUCGAGGAUAGAUACAAUGAAGCCCUAGUCACGAAAGAGACCUUGGAGCAGAAGGCGCAAGCCGGGGUGCGUUUGAUGGAGUCUUUCUUGUCCGAGCUUGAGAAUCGAGUACAUGCGGUUCGCGAUCGCGGCAUCUAUGGCACCUUGGACGAUGGAUGGAAGGCCAUGGACUCAAAGCUGGUUCACGCCCGGGAAAUCGUUGACGAGGGCAUGGAGUGUGCUCGCCGAACUCGUAAUACUCUGCGAGAUACUAUUGAAGAAGCGAUUCGACUCGCCCAGGAGAAGCGAUUGAUCAACUACGAUGAACUGCCCCAUCCAUGGCGAGUCAACCCACACAUCAUCAAUGGCUAUCGAUUCACCACUUCUAAGGUUGAAUGUGUCUCGUCAGUCUUCGCCUAUUCGAACGAAAUGUUCAACAUUUGGUCCCAUGUGAUCGGCCUCGUUAUCGUCCUGGCCAUCGCCUUUUACUUCUACCCGCUGCACACCAAUUUCCACAUGAGCUCUAAGUCCGACGUCGCCAUCGCUGCCGUUUUCUUCUUCGCUGCAUGCAAGUGUCUGGUCUGCAGCACUAUUUGGCAUACCAUGAACAGUAUCGCUUCGCAAUCCUUGAUGGAACGCUUCGCUUGCGUGGACUACACUGGAAUUUCCAUGCUAGUCGCUGCCUCUAUCGUGACCACCGAAUACACCGCAUUCUACUGCGAGCCUUUCUCUCGGUGGACGUACAUCUUGCUUACUAUGUCAUUGGGUGUCGGUGGCAUCAUUCUACCCUGGCACCCAACGUUCAACCGCCAUGACAUGGCUUGGGCCCGCGUGGGCUUUUUCGUGACCCUUGCACUCACCGGCUUCUCGCCGAUCGCCCAGCUAUCUUACACGCGUGGUUUCUAUUGGACCAUGUAUUUCUAUGCACCAGUCGUGAAAAGCAUCCUGGUCUACUUCGUCGGUGCGUGUGUUUAUGCUUCCAAGGUCCCCGAGCGCUGGAAGCCAGGUUUCUUCGAUUACGUCGGCGGCAGCCACAAUAUCUGGCAUCUGGCUGUCUUGGGUGGUAUCUUUUUCCACUACCGGGCCAUGCAGGAUUUGUUUGCAGGAGCAUUCCAACGAGCCCAGGGCGAGUGUCCGAGCAUGACGUUGUGA